CAUACGCGCCGGGCUGGCCCCGCCCCCCCUGUCAGCUGGAGGAAGCCGAGUAGGAAGCGGCCGCGAUGUCCUUUUGUGUCCUACAAGCCGCCGGUGGCGCCGAGUGAUCAGCAGCGCCAUGUCUGGCCGGGAACGAGGGUCAGAGCCACUCUAUAUCAAGGCAGAGCCUGCCAGCCCAGACAGUCCUCGGGGCUCCUCCGAGGCUGAGCCUGAACCGCCGCCUGCCCGGCCUCCUGGCCCUGCCCCUACUCGGCGACGACUCCCCAUGGGCAGGGAAGAGGAUGAGGAAGGGGAGGGCACAGGGCUGGGUGAGAGGGGCAGCGGUGGUGGUGGGGGCAAGCUGGUGCUGAGCUCACUGCCCAAGCGCCUCUGCCUGGUGUGUGGGGACGUGGCUUCUGGCUACCACUAUGGCGUGGCCUCCUGUGAGGCGUGCAAAGCCUUCUUCAAGAGGACCAUCCAGGGGAGCAUUGAGUACAGCUGCCCGGCCUCCAAUGAGUGUGAGAUCACCAAGCGGCGGCGGAAGGCCUGCCAAGCCUGCCGCUUCACCAAGUGCCUGCGGGUGGGCAUGCUCAAGGAAGGGGUUCGUUUAGACCGGGUCCGAGGCGGACGGCAGAAAUACAAGCGUCGGCCUGAGGUAGAGCCCCUGCCCUUUCCAGGACCCUUCCCCUCUGCUCCUCUGGCACCUCCAGGGGGGACUCGGAAGACAGCCCCUGUGAAUGCCCUCGUGUCCCACCUGCUUGUCGCAGAGCCGGAGAAACUAUAUGCAAUGCCUGACCCAGCAGGCCCUGACGGGCACCUGCCAGCUGUGGCUACACUGUGCGACCUUUUCGACCGGGAGAUUGUGGUCACCAUCAGCUGGGCUAAGAGCAUCCCAGGCUUCUCUGCCCUGUCCCUGUCGGACCAGAUGUCGGUAUUGCAGAGUGUGUGGAUGGAGGUGUUGGUGUUGGGGGUGGCCCAGCGCUCGCUGCCCCUGCGGGAUGAGCUGGCCUUUGCUGAGGACCUGGUUCUGGAUGAGGAGGGAGCCCGGGCAGCCGGGCUGGGCGAGCUGGGGGCCGCACUCCUGCAGCUGGUUCGCCGGCUCCAGGCCCUUCGUCUGGAACGGGAGGAAUACGUGCUGCUCAAGGCCUUAGCUUUGGCCAACUCCGACUCAGUGCACAUAGAAGAUGCUGAGGCCGUGGAGCAGCUGCGAGAAGCCUUGCAUGAAGCCUUGCUGGAGUAUGAAGCUGGGAGGGCUGGCGGGGGCCCCGGUGGGGGGGCCGAGCGCCGCCGGGCUGGACGGCUGCUGCUCACCCUGCCCCUCCUCCGCCAGACGGCGGGCAAAGUGUUGGCCCAUUUCUAUGGGGUGAAGCUGGAGGGGAAGGUCCCCAUGCACAAGCUUUUCCUGGAGAUGCUGGAGGCCAUGAUGGACUGAUGCGGGGAGGGCUGUUGCUCUAGUGGACAUGUGUGUGUGGGGGAGGUGCUGGCAGGACCGGCAGGGGUGGGGGGGGGAGGGGGUUGAGCCCCAGAAGAAGCCCAGGGGAGGGCAUGGGCAAUGCCCACAGCCUGCUGGCAGUGCCAGGGCAGUGUUAACAGCCCAUGGGAACCAGGCCCAUGCCCACCCUAUCCCCUUCCAUAGGCACCUAGAGGAGCGAGGCUAGGUGGUGCUGCUCCAACCAGUAGAGGGAAGCACUGCCCCUCGCAAGCCAUAAUCUACCCCCGGAUUGGGGGGGGCCUUGUGGAAGCCAUAAAGGGGGGCUGCUGGGGAGACUGGGGUACCAGGGGAGAGGCAAGAGAUCUCAGGGAGGGAAGGGUCGGGGGCCCCAGCUUCCCCUUCGGUUAAUGCUUUUUGCUGCUGCUUGGCCCACCCCCAGGGGCCUGGCUCCCCCCUCUAGCAGAGCCGGGGCUGGAGAGCAAGUACCCCAAACCCUUCCCUCCUUGCCAUUUAUACUGGGCAUUAUUACUGCCCCCCAAACCCCAACCCUUCUCCCCCUUUAAAGCAAUAAAUCAGAGCUGGCUCCUC